CGCACCACCACACGGCCGCGCAGUUGCGAUCUUGCUGAAAAGGCCUGGCAGGAGGUUGAGCUGUUGGUAUGAUGUCGGAAAUGCAUGAGCUGUCCGAGCUGUAUGAAGAGAGCAAUGACCUGCAGAUGGAUGUGAUGCCGGGCGAGAGUGACCUUCCGCAGAUGGAGGUAGGCAGCGGGAACCGGGAGCCAUCCCCGAAGCACUCCCGCAGCCGGGCCCCGCCACGGCUCGAGGAGGAAGGCCCAAUGGAGGAGGAGGGGGCCCAGCCCAUGGCGGAGCCAGAGGGGGGCCGAGGCCUUGCUAGCCGGCCCAGCCCCGAGGAGCAGCCAGGCCAGAUCGCGGGCCCUGACUUCGAGAGCGAGGACGAGGGCGAGGAAUUCGAUGACUGGGAGGACGACUAUGACUAUCCUGAAGAGGAGCCUCUGAGCGGCGCAGGCUACAGGGUGUCAGCGGCCCUUGAAGAAGCCAACAAGAUGUUUCUGAGAACAUCCAGAGCAAGAGAAGCAGCCCUGGAUGGCGGUUUUCAGAUGCACUACGAGAAGACCCCGUUUGACCAGCUGGCUUUUAUCGAAGAGCUUUUUUCACUUAUGGUUGUCAAUCGUCUGACCGAAGAACUCGGCUGUGAUGAAAUUAUUGAUAGAGAGUAGUUAAAUGCUGUUAAAAAAAGGAGGAAACUACUUGAGGAGAGACCCAACAUUCCACUGGCUCUUGGGUUUAUUCCAAAUAGUUCCGUGCCAAUGAGAAACUUGAUCUUCAAAAAAAAAAAAAACAACUUUUUUUUGUUUGUUUGUUUUGCA